AUGGCGGUCAUCGACUCUAUCCCACAAUCAACCCCAGGCCCUCUCCUGUCAUCGUCUGCUUCUUGUUCUUCGAUGUCAGAUCUCGAAGAUGGAAUUCAGGAAGUCAUCUAUUUCGUUAAGAGCUUUCCUAUAAUAAUAGAAGCAAAUGUGUAUAGAGAUUGGCCGAUUGUGAAAUCUGCUUUGGGGGAGCAUGAUAUUAAUUGCCAUUUGGAUAUGGUUAACAGUCGCAUGACAUUCUCAACAACCAGAACCAAGGAGCCAGAAAUUGCGCGCAAGGCGAGGCAUCUUCUCCAACUUUUGUCACGGAAUGUUCCGGCAUCUUCGGCACUAAACAUAAUAAAAGUGCCCAAUUGCGAAUGCGAAAUCAUCUUCACUGGUCUUAGUAAAGUCAACAAUAGUUAUUUAAAGGAACUGGAAGGGCAGACGUCAUGCCAAAUUUUUUCGCGUGAUGGGUAUGUUCGCGAUGGGGUUGUUUUCGAUGGCUUUGUUAUUGCCAUUGGUCCUUUGGAGGGACUAACAAUAGUCAGAAAGGCUGUGGAAUGUUGCAGUAAAAUGCAUCCUGCAUACAAUACGGUCACCACGAUGCUGGCGACUAAGAAGCUCAACGAUUUGCGUCUAUGA